AGAAAGAGAGAGAAAGCAAACUCUUCUCUUCUUCUUACUCCAGAUCUUCUCUCUCUUCUCCAUAUAGAGACGGAAAUUGAGUUUUGUUUCUAUCUAGUGUUCAUAUUCACUUCACAAUCUUCUCCAGCUGUUUGAAGAACUGCCACAUUUUGAAGCUUUGAAGUUCUAAGAGACGAAUCAGGUCUGUUUGUGUGUAUAGUGAAACAUUUAGUAUGAAGGAGAUUGACAAGAAGAGAGUUCCGAUCGGCAAUCAGAAGAAGCAUUCUGGUAGACCUGAAAGGAGAGAACGGAAGCAGUUAGAACAUGAUACAACACACAAAGUCUUGGGAAGUAAAGAAACUGAAUCUAAUGAUUGCUAUGCAAACUUGGAUUCCAAUACUGUAACAAGUGUUUCAAGCAGUAUCAAUGAUUCUUCUGAAGUUGAUGAGAAUUUGAUUAUACAUUAUGUGGAUGAUGUCAACAGACUGGAGCAGGACAUUCAAGAUACAAAAACUAGUUCAGUAAUCAAAGAGCUUAAUAGCAAAAUGCAUGAAAAUGUGCAUGAUGAAGAAAUUGAUCCUGAGACGCCACGAGAUUCAGUUUCAUCUCAGGGUGAUUCACAAGUUGCUGAAGAUGAGAAAAUAGAAAGGGUUUCUAGACUUCCCAGUAAACUUGAGAAGAAAAAGGAUACUAAUGAUGCACAUCUUUUUCAAGCUUCAAGAACAAAGUCUGACAGAGGAAUGAAUAAGUUGCAAACAAAGUCAUCGCGAGACGUCCCUAAGAAGGCUCAGAAAAUCAGUAAAGCCUCUCCUAAUGGAAAUAUAAAAACUGUUCCCAUUAGUAACAUGGCUAACAUCAAAAGCGUAAAAGUUCAUCCUCGAUCAUCUUUAGAAUCCUCUGAAAGUGUUAACGACAAGCUUCUUGAUGAUGUAAGGGAUGUGGAUAUUUUGGAUGAUGAAAACGAGGACAAUUGUGAUGAUGAAGAGAAAGCAGCUAUGAUGAAGAGGAUUGAAGAAAUGGAGAUGAGAAUUGAGAAACUUGAAGAGGAGCUAAGAGAAGUUGCUGCACUUGAGAUAUCUAUGUAUUCUGUACAGUCUGAUCAUGGAAGUUCAGGGAAUAAGGUUCACACACCUGCUCGGCGCCUUUCUAGAGUUUACAUACAAGUUUACAAAAACCCGUCAUUAGAGAAGAAGAGGGCUACAAUUGCAAGAAGUAUUAUUUCAGGCCUAGUUUUGGUUGUGAAGUCCUGUGGGAAUGAUGUUCCAAGGUUAACAUUCUGGUUAUCAAACAUAAUUUUGCUUAGAGAAAUUAUCUCUCAGUUUAUUGAGACUGAGACUGAGACUUUCAUAGCUUCUUUAGAGAAAGUUGAGUCACGGAUUUUCUCCCAGUUAGUCGAUUCCGUAUGGUGGCAGAUAUUUACUCCCAUCAUGCAAUCUCCAGUUGGAAGUAAUGAUCAGAAGCAAAAACAAGGAGGAAGUUAUUAUUCGAUUAACCUGUGGAAGAAUGCAUUUGAAGAUGCUCUCAGAAGACUAUGUCCACUCCGAGCAGGCGGACAUGAAUGUGGUUGCCUGCCAGUGUUAGCAAGAAUAGUCAUGGAACAAUGUGUUGCCAGACUAGAUGUGGCCAUGUUCAAUGCUAUUUUGCGUGAGUCAGCCCACCAGAUCCCAACUGAUCCUAUCUCAGAUCCGAUAGUUGAUUCUAAAGUUUUACCAAUUCCAGCAGGAGAUUUGAGUUUUGGAUCUGGUGCACAGCUUAAAACUGCGGUAGGUAACUGGUCAAUAUUUCUUAAUGAACUCUUCGGCAUUGAUGAUGAUGUUUCUUCGAGCAACUGGGGACAGUUUCAACUUUUGAAUGAUUUAAGUAAUCUCUUGAUGCUACCAAAGGACUUACUUACCGAUAGUUCAAUCAGGGAAGAGGUUUGUCCAUCCAUUAGUCUUCCAGUGGUGAAACGAAUACUAUGCAACUUUAUUCCAGAUGAAUUAUGUCCGGAUAUUGUCCCUGGUGCAAUAUUAGAAGCUAUAAAUGCUGAGUGUACUGUGCAAAGAUUAUCGGGGAGCCACCUUGCGAUUACCUUUCCCUACGCUGCAGCUUCGGUUGUCUACACCGCCCCUUCACUGACAAAGCAAGUUGUAGUGGAGGCAUCAUCAUCUAUAGAAACAAAUGGAUACACAAGUCAGGAAGAAGAAGAUGGAGAACUGGAAGAGAGAAAUUGUAAUGGAUGCUAUGAGAAAGCAGCAAGGUAUGAGCUCCUUCGAGAAGUGUGGUCAGUAUGAAACAUACAUGCAUUUUGAAAACAAAACCGAUUUGAACAAAAAAAAAGCAUUUCAAAAAACAGACAACAGAUUUUUUUUCCUAUAUGUUUGUAAACAUAAAGAAGCUAGGAUGUUAUUUCUUUGUUUGUGUACAUUUUAAAAGAAGAAUAUUCAUGAUGGGUUGUUAGUCUUUUUGAUUUCUUUCUACCA